AUGGCCACCAUCAAACCCUUCCUCCUGGUCCUCCUCUUCUCCAUCUUCUCCCGAAUCUCAAGCUCCAAAACCCACCACCCACUUGACCCGCUAACCCGGGAAGAGCUCUCAUUGGUCCAGCUCAUCGUCAAGAAAUCCUAUCCACCCCGCUCCAGCCCAGUCUUCCACUACGUCGCCCUCGACGAGCCGGAAAAACACGACGUCCUGUCAUGGCUCGCCAAGCCCGAGCCCGAGCCACUCCCCCGUCGGGCCCAGGCCAUCCUCCGAGUCCACAAGCAGACCCACGAGCUGGUGGUGGACCUAAAGGCACGGAAGGUCGUCAGCAAGCACGUCCACCGCGGGCCCGGGUUCCCUUCGCUCACGCUGGAAGAGCAGACCGCGGCCAACGACCUCCCGCUGACCUACGGCCCGUUCCUCCGGUCAGCGGCGAAGAGAGGGAUCGACGUGUCCCAGGUGGUGUGCUCCGUGUUCACCGUGGGCUGGUUCGCCGAGGAGAAGCAGUUCAUCGGGGUGGUGAAGAUCCAGUGCUUUUCGAAGAAGGACACGGUGAGUGUUUAUUUGCUGCCGGUGGAAGGUUUGACCAUUGUGGUAGACUUGGAUGAGAUGAGGAUCGUGGAGUACAAAGACAGGGAAGUCGCUCCCAUGCCCAGAGCUGAAGGGACGGAGUACAGAUUGUCGAAAUUACCCCUGCCUCAUGGUCCUCGUAUCAAUGGUGCUAGGCUGGUCCAGGAGAAUGCUCCGGGUUUCACUAUUGAUGGCAAUGUCGUCAGAUGGAUGAACUGGGAAUUCCACGUGUCGUUCGACGCCCGUCCGGGUCUGGUCAUAUCCAUGGCCCGAAUCUACGACCCGGACCAGAAGGCCUUCCGCAGCGUCAUGUACAGAGGCCACAUCUCCGAGCUCUUCGUCCCCUACCAGGACCCCACGGAGGACUACUACUACAAGACCUUCUUCGACAGCGGCGAGUUCGGCUUCGGCGUCUCAGCCGUUUCUCUGGUUCCCAACGGCGACUGCCCCUCCCACGCCGUCUACAUGGACGCCUUCUACGCCGGCCCCGACGGCACUCCCGUCCACGUCCCCAAUGUCUUUUGUAUCUUCGAGAGGCACGCCGGCGAGGUCAUGUGGCGCCACACCGAGCUUGCCAUCCCUCAUGUCACGGUCAGUAUGUGUGUGAAUGUGAAUCAAAUCAAAUUCUCCAAAGCUAAGAGUUUCGAAUUGCUGCAAAUCCAGCGGCGGAAGUAGAUGUGGCAAAUGGAUUGAUCCAUAGAUCCAAUGGAUUGGUGGAUUCAUGGAUUGGAUCAAGUGGAUUGGUGGAUUAUCCAUGAAUUCAAAUGACAUCCUCAACCAGUGACCAAUAUGUAAAAUGUAAAAAGUUUAGGUACUAAAAUGUCACAAUGAAAAUUUUUGGUACCAAAACAAAAAAUUUCAAUGAUAUUUUUCGAAUAAAAAAUUAAAUUUUGGGUACCAAAAAAUAUAAAAAGUAAAGUUACCGAACCGUAAUUUGUCAUUUGGAUCCAUGGAUCAAUCCAUGAAUCCAGCAAUCCAAUUGGAUUUGGAUCAAAUGGAUUGGAUUUAAAUGGAUUGGAUUAGAUGGAUAUUUUUAAUGAGUUGGUGAAUUGAAUUGGUGGAUUGGAUUGAGAAUUGCCACCUCUAGGCGGAACCAAUCGUACUGACCUCUGUCACGGACAGGGGCGAACCUACUUGUUGGCAAGGUCUGACACCCUCUCAAAAUAUUUGUGAAAAGUCUAUAUGUUUUUGGUAAAAAAAAUUUAAUGCGAAAUUUUCGACACCGUUCUGAUAACCAAUUUAUUAAUGAUUGUUUUGGUUGUGUAUAUUGAAAAAUGUUUGAUUUACAAAAUAAGAAAUGAAAAUAUUUUUAAAACAUUUCAGAAUAUGAACAUUCGUCGUGGUUCGUUGUACAUAAGAUAUUGUGAACUUAUAAAUUAAUUUCUAGUAAUUUUAUUUAAUUAUUUGUUUAUCGACGACACCCAUCUUCGACAAUACUAGGUCUGUCACUGGUCAUGGGAUACACUUAAAAUUUGAAAAAUUUUAAAUUAUUAACCACAUGUAGGUAUAUAUAAUAUUCGAAUACUAAGACGUUUAUGAAAUACAAAAAGUUUAGAAUAUAGGUGACUGAAUAUUUUUUUUUUCCAUUCUUACCGAAUAUAAAAAAAAACAUGUUAUGGUUGUUUACAAAGAAACUCGUAUUAAUAAAUGAUUUUUUUCCUUAUUUUGUUAAUGAAUUCCUUGAAUAUAAAGAAAGUUUUUAAUAUCAUAUAUAGGACACAAGUUUUAAACUUCUGGCUCCGUCAUAGUAUAAAUCUGUACGUUUUUUUUACUUUGUUGAAUUUUCGAUUACUCAAUUCAUUCUAACAGGAAUCUUACUGAGACGAUGAAAUCUGCAGAUAGCUGAAUCUAGGCCGGAGGUGAGUCUGGUGGUGCGGAUGAUCGUCACAGUCGGGAACUACGACCACGUCAUCGAUUGGGAGUUCAAGCCGAGCGGUUCGAUCAAAACCCAGGUCGGCCUGACCGGGAUCCUGGAGGUAAAAGCGGCCAACUACACUCACGCGGACCAGGCCGCCGCGAGCGAGGAAGCACACGGCACGUACCUUGCGGAACACACCAUCGGACUGUACCACGACCACUUCCUGACCUACUACCUCGACAUCGACGUUGACGGCGCCACCAAUUCGUUCGUCAAGAAAAACCUCGUCCCGCGAAGAAAUACCAACACGGGCCACCACCGUACCCCGAGGAAGAGCUACUGGACCGUGGUGACCGAAACGGCCCGGACCGAGUCGGAGGCCAAAAUUCGGCUCGGUGUCGGUCCGACCGAACUGGUCAUCGAAAACCCUAACAAGAAGACCAAACCGGGUAACCCGCACGGGUACCGAUUGAUACCCGGACCGGUGAUCCACCCGCUCCUGGCGCCCGACGACGGCCCGCAGAUUCGGGGGUCGUUCACGAACUACAACAUUUGGGUGACGCCGUAUAACAAGACGGAGCGGUACGCCGGCGGGAAGUACGUUGACCAGAGUCAAGGGGAGGAUGGGUUGGCGGUUUGGACGAGGAGGAAUAGGAAGAUUGAGAACGAGGACAUUGUGAUGUGGCACGUGAUUGGGUUCCACCACGUGCCUUGUCAGGAGGAUUUCCCGAUGAUGCCGACUUUGUCCGGCGGGUUUGAGCUCCGACCGACGAAUUUCUUCGAGCGGAGUGCCGUGUUGAAGGCCGUGCCGCCUCCGCCUAUGAAAGCUGAUGGCUGUGGUGUGGUUGAGCCUUAAAAGGCAUAAUCUCAUCUUGUUGUUUGUUUGGGUGGGUGGGGGGUUUGGCUCCUAUAAAAGAGCAUCGGAAACAAUUAUAAUAAACAUAAGAAAUAAGUUUUCGGUGGUCAUGAUUCAUGACUAAUAAUGCAUCCUUUUGGGUCGUCAAUUUCGAUUAAAAAAGUACCUAUAUUCUAUUUUUGUUUUGUAGAGACUCGUUAUUGGGUUGAAGCAUAUGCCUUGUUCUUAAUUUUUAUAGAUGUUCUUUUGUUUUAGUCAAUUCAUUGUUUUUUAUGUUGGUC